CAUGUAUAUCGGCCAGUUGCCUGGGAAGCGAGAACACAGUGGCCGCACAUGAAUGGAAAUCUUUGUCAAUACACGACUAAUUCCACCGGAAUAUUGAGAGUCAAUGACGUAGGCCUACUAUCGAUUGAUACACAUGAUGAGUGUGACUUUCCACUGCAGUGUGCUCCAAAAAAUGUAAAACUGUGAGGUUAAUGUAAGGAUUUUCCUGCAGAAACUUGGAUACUUGUUGCGACACCUGCAACUCUGCAAGUGUAACUCAGUUCGGUUCACCUGCUACUCAGCAAGUGUAUUCGGUUCGACGCGGUAUCAAGUGGGGGAUCCGGGAGCGCUGGGCACACGGCCUCGAGUGGUGCGGUUGGUGCCUGGAAGACCGCUGUCAAGAGGAGCUUUCUAUUUGAUCUGGAACACAUAGAACAGCAGGAUGUCGGGUGGAGGAGAAUCCGUGAAGGUGGCAGUACGAGUUCGGCCCUUCAACUCCAGGGAAAAGGAAAGAGGGGCCAAACUCGUCGUAGAAAUGAAAGGAGCAACCACUAAACUUCUUUGUGGCGAUGGCUCAGGAGAGGAACCCAAAACAUUCACAUUUGAUUACUCCUACUGGUCACAUGACGGCUUCACAGAGCAGCCUGACGGCAUUCUCCUUGCCGACCCUGGCAGUAGCUAUGCAUCCCAACAGAACGUCUUCAACGAUCUCGGCCAGGGUGUCUUGGACAAUGCCUUCCAAGGUUUCAACUGUUCCCUGUUUGCCUAUGGUCAGACUGGUUCCGGCAAGUCCUACUCUAUGGUGGGCUAUGGCAAUAACAAGGGCAUUGUGCCAAUCACAUGUGACGUCCUUUUCAAGACGAUAGAAGCCAGUGACGGCAAAACGAAAUAUGAGGUCACGUUCUCCAUGCUGGAGAUCUACAAUGAGCAGGUCCGUGACCUCUUGCAAAAGGUCAACCCCAAGGGAGGCUUGCAGGUCCGACAGAACCCCAAGGAGGGCUUGUUCUAUGUCCAGGCACUCAAGAAGGUGGCUGUAGGGAGCUACAGGGAGAUUGAGAACAAGAUUGAGGAGGGUACAUCAAACCGAACGGUUGCAGCCACACAGAUGAACGCGACUAGUAGCCGCGCACAUACAGUGGUGACCAUUCAGUUUGACCAGAUCAGCAAGAAUGACGUGGGGCAGGAAACCAAGAAGACUAGUGUCAUCAACCUGGUGGAUCUAGCAGGAAGUGAGCGUGCAGACAGUACAGGUGCUACUGGAGACAGACUCAAGGAAGGAGCAAACAUCAACAAGUCCCUGUCAUCUCUUGGCAAUGUCAUCUCAGCCUUGGCUGAUCUAUCAAUGGGAAAGAAAAAAGUACUUGUUCCUUACCGUGACUCAGUGCUGACCAAACUACUGCAGAAUGCCCUCGGUGGCAACAGCAAAACUAUCAUGAUUGCUGCCCUGUCCCCGGCCGACAUUAACCACGACGAGACCCUGGGCACACUGCGCUACGCAGACCGUGCCAAGAAGAUCAAGAACAAAGCCGUGGUGAACGAGAACCCCGUGGAGAAACUCAUCCGCGAGCUGCGCGAGGAGAACGAGAGAUUGAAGAGUGCCAUGACAGGUGGAGGGAUCGUGGCGCCGGAAGGGGGCGUGAACAUGUCGCCUGAAGAGAAAGAGAAGAUGAGACAACAAAUGAUGGAGGAGAUCAAGGCCCAGCUGAUGGCCAACCAGGAGGCCAUGGAGGACUUUGACUGGGACAAAAAGCAUCAGCAACAAAUGGAGGAUGAGCCAACCCUGGAUCACAAGGCCAUCAAUCAGUCCCGCAGGAGCAAAGAGCCCCACUUUGCAAACUUGAACGAAGACAACAUGCUGAGCAAUGUGGUCUUUCACUUCUUGGGGUCCGAUGAGACGACAAUCGGACGGAAGGAUGCGGACCCACAGCCCACCAUCAUGCUGAGUGGACUCAGCAUUUCAAAGCAGCAUGCCAUCAUCACCAAUUCCGACGGCGAGAUCACCCUGCGACCCUACAGCUCCAGCUGCAAGAUCAAAGUCAACGGCGUUCCCCUGGCCGGGGCGCGGAGCCUGGAACACCUGGACCGCGUCAUGUUUGGCUCCAACCAUCUCUUUGUCUUCCACAACCCCCUGAACCCCAAGGCCGCCGAGGGCACGCCGCCGGUGGUGGAGUGGGAGUUUGCUCAGAAGGAGCUGGCCGAGGCCAGGGGGCUGAUGGCCGGCGGGAACUUGACACAAGAUCAGCAGAGGACACAGGAUCAGAUCGUUGAGCUACUCCCCAUGGUCAAUGAAGUCAAUGCAGUCAGUGAGGAGCUGGACAAACAUAAAGGCUUUGAGAUUGUGCUACUCAGUGAGGAGGCACAGGAAGGCACCAAUCGAGAGACUAAGGUGAUGGUGAAAAUGAAAGAUCUCUUGAACCAAAACAGUUGGCUGUGGGAGAGAGGAAAGUUCAUCAAUCGCAGAUAUGUCAUACAGGAGCUGUAUCAGAGAUACAUUGAUGGAGAUGAACACGUCUUAAAGAUGCCCAAGGAGGAGGACCCAUUCUGGGAGCCGCCCGAGGAUGUUCUGAUUGGCACGGCGAACGUCUUCCUUCAGAGUCUUAGCUAUUACCUGGACUUCGAUGACAAGGUUGCUGUCACUGACUUCAAGGGUAAAGAAGAAGGUUCAUUGGUUGUUUGCAUCGCACCAUGCAACCAGAACGGCCAGCCUAUAGGAGAGGAUGACUUUGUUGAUGAUCCUAAUGAGCUGCUAGGAAAACCCUACCAUUUCAAGGUCAACAUUCGCAACGGUGAGAUCCACAAGUCGCGCUUCUCCCACGGCCUGAAGGUCAAAUACAAGUGUUACAACGAGAACGAGUACACCUGGACUGAUGAGAAGAAAGAGACGCUGUCUCCUGAGUGGAAUCACAGCCGCAUCGUCUCCAUCCCUAGCACCACUGAGGAUGUCCUGAGCUACUUUGAGAACAGCAGUGUCAAGUUCAGCGUGUACGGCCGGCAGAUCGACACCGCACCAGACUCCAAGCUGACUAAGCUGACUACUAAGGAGCUACGACAGAUGGAAAACAUGCAAGACUCAGGCCGCAAGGCCCGCAUCGGUUCCAGUGCAGUAGACGCUGAUGGGCAAGAUGAGGUGGGACAGAUCAAAGGGGAGCUUCUACUGCUUAAGAGAAAGUUUGAGAGGCUGGAGAAGAAAGAACGCAGAUUGCAGGAGAUCUGCAAACAGUGGGAGCAGAAGCCAGCAGAGGAACAGCAGUUUGAGCCGUUCUACCGCUCCGUCUCAGCGGUAGCCUUCAGCACCGGUGCCAAACUCAAGACUAGGGUGCACAUGCUGAACAAAGAGGAUUCUGUCAGCGUGUUCAGUUUUGAACUUGAAGCGUCGUCGCCAAGGUCCAAACAACCAAUCAAAGAGGAGCCCGAACCUGCCCCUAAACAGAAAGACGAGGCCACGCCCCCUCCCCGCAUUGUAGAGGAGCCCAAACCGGUGCCGGCAACUAAUGGGGAGACCCCAAAGAGGGCAGAGGUGCCUAGCAAAGGCAGUCAGGAUAUGAGGCAAAUCCACGAAAAAGCCACCGGACAAAAAUCACAAGUGUGCUCUGUCAUGUAGGGCUAGCAGUUUACAUAGAAACAGGCGGUGAACGGAGCCAAGGUGGUGCAGACCAACGGCGACCAGAAAGCUCAAGGGGGUAGCAAAGCCUGUGCCAUCAUGUGAGAGGAAGGAAAGACAUUCUGACAGUGAAUGUGUGAUCAGGUCCCACAAAAUGAGUCUUUUUUUCAGAUUUGUUUUUUGUUGAUUAAAAAAUCAGUGGCAGUUAUGAAACUCAAACUCUCAGAUUUUGGAGAAAACUAAACAAAAUUUUUCGUCUUUCUAACAUGUCUAAUGAUUCUGGUACAGGCCUACCUAAGUGCAAGAUUACCCAAAUGACUCAUUUAGUAAAUCCUGGUCACAUAUUCCCACUUUACCAUUGAUUUGUGUCUGGUACCUUUUUUAAGAGAACGACAAAGAUCACUGGUGAAUUGAAUGUUUAUGAAGGGUACCAGCCUUUUUUUAGCCUUUUGAAAAAAUCUAGAUUUUUGAUUAACUGAAGUGGAAUGUUUGAUUUCUAAGAUAACUACAUUGUAGUAUCAUUGAGAAUAUUUGAAGAAUAAAAUGGAUGAACAGAUGUUUUUGUCUUAUAGUUUUGCGAAGAUGAAAUUUUUGUAUAUUUUUGGACGAAUAGAAAUUAUUGCACGCAGGUGCAUCAAAUUAUAUGGGCAAUAACAUUGAGAACAUAUUGUGUAAAUUGAUACUAGUGAUUUACUUAUAGUACGGAUUUGGAGUUAAGGAUCUAAUAAGUUAAUUGCACUGAAUAUAUAUUAGGUUUGCCCUACACCUUCGUAUUUUCCAUCUGUAAAAUAUAUUGCACUGCAUCUGUUUAAGGUGCAAAGGGUUUGUCAAGCAAAUUCUGGCCUUCUGAUGUCUGUACAAGGGUACCUUCAAUGGUAAUUACUCACCUGUAAUACCAUUGGCAAUUUUAAAAUCUCGAGAGGGCUGAAUAUGAAAUCAAUUUGAAGACAAUCAUCAUCUACCGGUAGAUGAUAAUCACCCACUAGAUUAGAACCAAAAGCUUCUGAACCAACAUUUUCACAUUUUCGCAUGAGGAUUUUGCAAUGUGCUGCGUGUAGAAUAUGGAAAUGAUGGCGAAAUUAUAGUUGCACUAUAUUCACACCAAUUGCAAUGUAUAUCAUCAGUAUUUGUUUCUGCAGAAUAGAUAGUUAUUAUUGAUUACCAUAGAUGUGUGUAUAUUUAUGCAGCUUAAAUGAAGAAAAUUUCUUUCAUGUUAAAUUGAUGUUUAUAUUUUUGCAAUCUACACAGAUAUUAGCAUUUAUUAGAAUCACUUUCAGGGUAAUGCAUAGAUAUACUUAGUGUACUAUGACAUGUAUAUGCGAACAUUUUACUUUCUCUUUUCAUGUCACAUAUUGUAAGUGCACUAUGCGGUUUAUAUUUUAUUUUUAGAAAAAAAUCUGACUUGAUUCAUAUCCUUGAUUAAAUGUGUCUGUGCCUUACUCCAUACUUGUAUUUUUUUAAUUGAUACUUGGCAGACGAAGACGACAAAAUUGAAGGUGACAAAUACAAAUAUCAGAAUUUAAACAAUUGUAGCCGGUAAUUUAAAUCUAUUUAAAAAUAUGAUUUUCUGUGUACAUGUAUACGAAAGAGCGCAAUUUCUUCAGCUAUAUUUUUUUCGAUUCAUUCUGUGAGGAGAAAAGUUGUAUGUUAUAUUAACUUCACAGCGUUUAAUUUGUACUUGGAUCUUAAAGCAAUAAUGAGAUUGAAACAAAUGGAGAGAUUUCUUGUUGCUUUCAAUUUUUAUACAACUAUUUGACUUUCUCAUUUGGAAAAAAUAAGUUAAGGUAUAUGCAGGACACUAAAAGUAAUUUCAUUACCACUAUCUUAAGAUAAUUGAAGUCUCAUUAACUCUCCUUGUGGGAAGUUUGUGUGAAACCCUUCAAAUCUCCACAGGUCAUCAGUUUCAGGUAAAGGAAUAUCACAUACAGAGAGUCACUGCACACAAAAAAACAGCACUGUGGAGAGCAGCGAAGCAGGACCGAAUCUGCCUGCAAUCUGCCUGCUUGCUGAGCCAAUUUGAAGUGUGGGCGCUCAACUCUUCGGGCGAAAGAGGUUUUAAAGGGAGUGAAGUGCAGAAGACUAGGAGGGUUAAUAAGAUUUAAAUUAUGGCAUGCAUUGUACAUGUACUUCAAAGUACCCAUUGAUCUCAUUUAUUGGCUUUUUUUUUAAAUCGUAUUUCUACUUUAAUAUUGAUGGCAGUAACGUGUGCUUUCACUUAUUUUUUACAAGCUCUAAAAUAGUUAAAUAUCUGCACAUAAAUAAGUUUAUGCCGUCCUGAAUAAAAAUCCUGAUAAUACCGUCCAUUUCUAAGUUUUCGAAAAUAUCUUUUGUAAAUAAAACACAUGAACAAAUUGAAA